GGCGCUGAUUGGGCGAGAGGCGUCGGUGGGCUGUGGGGGUGACAAGAUGGCGGCGGAGGCGGUGGAGCUGCACAAGCUGAAGCUGGCGGAGCUGAAGCAGGAGUGCCUGGCCCGCGGCCUGGAGGCGAAGGGCAACAAGCAGGACCUGAUCAACCGGCUGCAGGCGUACCUGGAGGAGCACGCUGAAGAAGAGGCGAAUGAAGAAGAUGUCCUGGGAGAGGAAAUAGAGGAAGAGGAGCAGAAGCCGGUGGAGCCGCCGGUCAAAGCCGAGGAGCCUCCUGUAAACUCGCCUGAUGUGAUCACGGAGAAGAAGGUGGUGAAAAUCACGUCUGAGAUCUCACAGAUGGAGCGCAUGCAGAAGAGAGCCGAGCGCUUCAACGUGCCCGUCAGCCUGGAGAGCAAGAAGGCAGCGCGGGCAGCACGGUUUGGUUUGGCCACGGUGUCCACUAAAGGCCUCUCCGCAGACAGCAAGCCCACGGUGAACAUGGAUAAGUUAAAGGAAAGGGCUCAGAGGUUUGGGUUGAAUGUCUCCUCGCUCUCCAAGAAGAGUGAAGAGGACGAGAAGCUGAAGAAGAGGAAGGAGCGGUUUGGCAUCGUGACGAGUUCGGCUGGAGCUGGAGCUACAGAGGACACAGAGGCAAAGAAGAGGAAAAGAGCGGAGCGCUUCGGGAUCGUCUGAGCCUCGCACCCUUCUCCUCCUCCUCGCUCUUCCUCCCCCUUCCUCACAUUCCCCCACUGUUCCUCCAGGUUUUAGCGACGAGUAGGCAGGGAAUCCCCCGUAGUUGUUCCAUUGUGUCCUUAGUGGUUUCCUCAGUUCCCAAGUUUAAAGGUGAAGAAGAGUUGAGCAGAAAGAAGAACCCGCUUCCCAGCUCGGUGCCGGGUCUCUCCCCAGCAGCCGGGACACGGAGCGGCCUCGUCCCCUUGUCCGGGGCUGGUCCCUGCUGUCCUGCCCCAGCGCAGCCUCCGGCAAGGGGUUUCCUCAAGCAGCUUGUCUCCGGUUUGCAGCCGUGGAUGCAGCCAGUGGCUGGUUCCUCCCGGGUGAGGCCAAUGGGAAUUGGAGCUGGAAUUGCCAUAGCAAAUGGUUUGCAAACGGAUGCUCUCCGUGCUCCGUUCCACGGGGGUUUCCCAGGGUUCUUGGGAUCACGAUUCCUCAUCCAUCUCCCUGCCUAGGAUUCUGGGUGGGUGCCAUGGCUGGAAUCCCACCCUUGUCCUAACACCGACGCUUCAGGGUUCUUAUUUCUGACCGUAACCUCUCCCUGGCGCGAUGUUCACCUCGUCCAUGCUACAGAGCAGCACCGGGGGCACGAGGGGAGCAUCCAGAGGCUCAUUCCUGGUCCUUGACAAGCAAUAGAUCCCGGUUUUUUAACAUAGAAGCCUUCAAACCGCCUCCAUUGGGUUCCCGUUGGCACCCAGUGGCUCGGAGCAACCCCUCGGCCGUCCCUUCCCUUCCCCAUGGGCAGCUCCGGGGCUGUCGCUGCUGCAUGACUCGAAUCCAUGUGGGAAUGUUCCUGUGGUGCCGUCGGGUUUCUAUGUCGGGUUUUGUACGAAGCGUUUUCUAUGGGCUCACGAGCUCCUCGCUGCCAGUUCCACGUUUGUGGCCUCUUGUUCUUGGUUUCAUAAUAAAACUGCUUCUCCAAGGCAA